UUCUUUUGCCGGGACAAUUCCAUCAGAUCAUCGGUCUCAAGUUCCUACAUCAAUCGGAAAUUAUGUGUUUCCAACAGAUGUUACCAUUCCCGCAAACCUCACUGUACCAAAGGGAAAUUGCUUUAAGUUCUCUUUACAUGUUAGUGGAUAUAUCUGGUAUCAAUGUGAAGGCCGUGUAUUAUUUUUUAAUCAUGAAGAAGAUGCUUCUCAAUACCCCGAUUCAGCCGUAGCUUCAACAUACAAUCCAGGUUCUAGCGUUUUUGGUUCGGCUGGUAUUAGGUCUAUUAUUCCAAAGUAUGAUUCAUCAUCAUUAAUUGCAACUACUACAAUCAAUUAUCAACCACCUGACCCGAAGGAUUUUCCUUGGGGACUUGAAGAGACUCAUGAUAACACAGGAGAUGGUGCGUUUAAAGAUAUUACAUAUAUUCUUCGUCUUAAUACUAAAAACGGCAUUCCUCCACCAAAUUCACUAUGCGGUACCCAAUACGAGGAGGGUUAUAUCUAUAGUUCAAUUAUUUCUGCUCAAAAUUUAUUCUAUCAUCCUGGUCCUGAUAAAUAA